CAUCACGAGGGUGUCGGACUAUUGGAGUUUGUCUGCAUUUUGGACCCGAACCCUUUCCUCGCCAAUCUCACGGUUCCAAAGCGCCGCGGACAGGUGUGCCUGUUGCCGCUUUAACACCAACUAUUAAAGAGGGGGUGCGAUUCACCCCCGGAGGCGCGGGGCAAAGGCGAUCUGGUUUAAUAGAGGCGCCUGGACAGUGACUGUAACAGCGGCUCUCCCGGCGCAGGAGUUGCUUGUUCCCAUUGGCUUGACAGCACGAAGCGCGGAUGAAUGGUGUUGGAGGGUUUGGGAGGGAGGGGAGUCGGCGAGGGCCCGCACUCUUUAAAUGCAAAAUAAAAACCGGAUCAGAUGUGAGAGCAGCCGGCAGCCGAGCAGGUUGAGGUAGCGCCACGGGAUCAAGGACACAGACCCUCGCUGGACACAGUGGGCGAGGAGGACAGUGUGCCGAGGGAGGAAGGAGGUUUGGGGACAGAGGUCCUUGCGGCACCUGAGCGAGGGACGGGAAGGUGAGCUAGAGGCAGGAUGGUGCCGGAGGAGUGGAAGGCGCAGGUCCAGCCGGCGCUACUGCUCUCCCUCGCCCUGCUCCUGUGCCUGGAGAUUUGCUGGUGCCUCUGGCGCCGGGACAAGGGUCGUCGCCGCCCACCGGGACCCUUCGCCUGGCCGCUGGUGGGCAACGCCAUGCAGCUGGGCAAGUCUCCGCACCUCACCUUCAGCAGGAUGGCCCGGCGCUACGGCGACCUCUUCCAGAUCCGCCUGGGCGGCAGAGACAUCGUGGUGCUGAACGGCGAGGCGACCAUCCGCCAGGCUCUGCUGCAGCACAGCGCAAAGUUCGCCGGGCGGCCGGACUUCGCCUCUUUCCGCCUGGUGUCCGGUGGCAAGAGCAUGGCCUUCGGCCAGUACAACGUCCAGUGGAAGGUCCACCGCCGCCUGGCACUGUCUGCCGUGCGCUCCUUCUCCACGGCCGAUGCCCGGGCUCGCCAUGUCCUCGAGUACCACGUCCAGGGGGAGGCUCGCCAGUUGCUGCGGGUCUUCCUGCGCCUGGGCGCGGACGGCCAACACUUCCAGCCCUGCCCCGAGUUGACGGUGGCAGCCGCCAACGUGAUGUGCGCUCUGUGCUUCGGGCGCCGCUACAGCCACGAUGACCAGGAGUUCAGGCGGCUGCUGGGCAGGACCUACCGCUUCGGGCGCACGGUGGGAGCCGGCAGCCUGGUGGAUGUCAUGCCCUGGCUCCAAUCCUUCCCCAACCCGGUGCGUAGCCUCUACCGAGACUUCCAGCAGCUCAACCGCGAGUUCUUCGAGUUCGUCCGCAGUAAAGUCGAGCAGCACCGGCGAACCUACCACCCGGGGACCACCCGGGACAUGAGCGACGCUUUCAUCCACGCACUGGACGGGGACAAGCUGGCGCAGGAGGGUCUCAGCCCGGAACACGCCGAGGGCUCGGUCACCGACAUCCUGGGUGCCAGCCAGGACACCACGUCCACCGCCCUGAGUUGGAUCCUCUUCCACUUGAUCCAGUUCCCGCAGCUCCAGGCCAAGCUCCAGCGGGACAUCGACCAGGUGGUUGGCAGGGACCGGCUGCCCAGAGCCCAGGACAAAGCUCGCCUGCCAUUCCUGGAGGCUUUCCUGUACGAGAUCAUGCGCUUCACCAGCUUCGUCCCGAUGACCAUCCCUCACGCCACCACCUCGCCCGUGGACAUCAACGGGUACCACAUCCCCCAGGACACGGUGGUCUUCAUCAACCAGUGGUCGGUCAACCACGACUGCGACAAGUGGAAGGACCCCGGCACCUUCCAACCCGGGCGCUUCCUCAACGCGGACGGCUCCAUCAACAAGGACCUGACCAGCAGCGUCAUGAUCUUCUCGGUGGGCAAGAGGAGAUGCAUCGGGGAGCAGCUGUCCAAGAUCCAGAUCUUCCUCUUCACCGCCAUCCUCGUCCACCAGUGCACCUUCGAAGCGAAUCCCGCGGAGAAGCUGAGCAUGGACUGUCACUACGGACUGACCGUCAAGCCUGUGUCCUUUACCGUGCUGGUCCGACUCCGGGACAAGUUUGUGCAGGAGACGGCUGAGGCAGACGGAGACGGGCAGCCCAGUGAGACGACUGCCUGCCGGACAGCUACCACGCUUCACACACAGUCUUAAAUCGCCCUGCCUCGCGUUAACAGGCAGCCUGCAGUUGACUUUAAAUGAACACUAUAAAAUGUUUGAUCCGAGCCAAAUACUCGUAAAGAGAACUCACGCGUUAAUCGCCCCCUUUUAACACGUUAAAAAAUGUCACAUUAUUUGUACCGGGAUUUUAUAUCGAAGGGGUUCACACUGUUUUUAAAUCAACUGUUUCCGAAACCCAUUUUAAAAUGUUCUUGAAAAAGACACCAAGGGCUGGAGUAACUCAGUGGGCUCGGCAGCAUCCCUGGCGAACAUAGACAGGCGACGUUUCGGGUCGGGACCCUUCUUUAGACCAUGUUUCUACCACUUUUUCAAACAUAUUCCAGCUUGAGAUUGGUCGCGACUCGGCGCUAAAUAGAUGUUGCGAGCGGCGCUGGCGCAUCUCCCGAUCUUCGGGAGAGAAAUAAUAAUCUUGAGAUAAAAUCAGUUGGAAGUGGAAGUUUUGCCUGAGUUCGUACAUCAAAGCUCGACCCGCGAGGCUCCAGCCCGCAAAACAAGCCGAGGAAAGGGAGCCAACGACAGAGAGAGGGAGAGAGAGAGCGGGACCCGGCGCUAUGCCAUCUCAUUCAACAGCUCGAUUGACUCGGUAUUGUGAAAACAGCAGACUAAAAUAAUGGACUCGUUUUAUUUUAUGGGCUAAAAAUCGCAGCGGGCUGUUAGCAGAGUUAAUUUGGACAAAGAGGCUGCAAACAGUGAAGGGAGUUCCACUGAUGCCUCGUCUAAAAUGCACAUCCCGAAAGAAAAUCGAGGUGACCUGCGGGGAAAGGGACAGAUGUUGGGAAUCUGAAAUACAAGCAACGGGCCACACUCAGCGGGUCGGGCAACAUCCGUGGAAAGAGAAACCGUUAACGUUUAAGGUCUGUUCAAGAAGGAACUGCAGAUGCUGGAAAAUCGAAGGUAGACAAAAAUGUUGGAGAAACUCAGCGGGUGCGGCAGCAUCUAUCGCCGUUUACGGUCAAUGACCUUUCGUUGAACCAUUCAAUCGAAAGGGUAUGAACCCCGUUUAUCUCUGUAUCAGAGUCUUAUCUCUGUGUUUUUCCUUGAAUAAACAGUGUGGGGCGGCACAGACAUGUUGCCUCACGGCGCCAGAGACCCGGGUGGGUUCGAUCCUGACUACGGGUGCAACUUGAACGGAGUUUGUACGUUUGCCCUGGUUCCCUGUAGGUUUACUCCGAGUACAAACCUUUGUGCAGGUUUGUAGAUUAAUUGGCUUUUGUAAAAUGUCCCUAGUGUGAAGGAUGCGGAACUCGGCGCGAACUACGUUGUAUCUCUAAACUAAAACUAAACUGGACUGAGCCCCAACCCCUACACACUGGCAUCCCGUGAUAUCAUUAUAUGCAACUGACAGUCGCUCAAUAUUGUACGUGGAGGUGUCCGGGGCUAUCUCCCCCCGGGUGCAAUUUCACGGGGUUUAUCAGGGAGCACAACAAGCAAAUGGGCCCAUUAUUUCCCACAUAUAAAGUGCUGGAGGAACUCAAUGAGCCAGCCAGCAGCUGGAAGGGGAUGGGACAGGCGACGUUUCGAGUUGGAUACAUCUUCAGACUGUACAAAGACCCUGACCAGAAGCAUCCAAUCCGUCCCCAGAUGCUGCCUGAUCUCUUAGCUCCUCCACAACUGUGCGGCGAGCUCAGAUUCCAGCAUCCGCAGUUACUCCGUGUAACUGUCAGCAUCCCUGCUGACAUAAUGCGUAAAUAGUUCACUUAAAGCUUAAACUCGUAUUAACAUAACAUAUUUCUUCAAUGUAAGAUUUUUAGUAUCUGACUGGAUGCACAAAUUCAGUGGUGCAGCACUGACAUGUCAGUUGUGAUGACAUUCGGUAGUAAGAGAUGCAAAGUGAUAGCAACAUCUGCAUUGUAUGUGCCUCUAUUCUGGGAGAUUGGGGGUGCGAUCAGUCCAGAUAGAAAUGUAUUUGUAAUAUUUUUAAAGGGAGCAUAUUGCGUUCUGUGUGGGAUGGCUGGCUGCCUCGUGAGUUGCUCCAGCACUUUGUGUCUAUUACAUAUAUCACUCUGUGCUGGGUGAUAUUUCCGUUUGUAUUCAGUGUAUUAAGUAAUUAAUCUCACAAUUCCAAGUUUCCCUAAAAUUUAUAUUUAAAUUUACAAUGAUUUUCUGCUUGGCCUUUUUGGAGAUGAUGUCUUAAUUAACAUAAUUUGAUUACUGGAGGAACUCCAGGACUUUGUUUCUUUUUUGGUAAACCACGAACUGCAGUUCCUUGUUUCUUCAUGAUUUAAUUGCAGUAGUGUAACUAACAAUUCAGGUGUUUGAAGGUAUAAAUGGGCUCAUAUUAACUAUCUUCAUGCCACCUGCAAACCUGUUUAAAUCUGUGUUCAAGAAGGAACUGCAGAUGCUGGAAAAUCGAAGGUACACAAAAAAUGCUGGAGAAACUCAGCGGGUGCAGUAGCAUCUAUGAAAUCCUUCUUCAGACUGA